UCUCGCGUGCACCUCUCUCCCGUCGGCCGACAGGAUGAUCCUAGCAGCGGCGCACGAAACUGUUUGAAGCCGGGCAGCGCAGCUUGGUUAUACAGAGGGCAAAGCUAGCUUAGGAAAGGGACACCUCUCCUAAUUACUGGCUGCGUGAAAUCACUUGACAUUUACCCCUAUACCGUCAAGUUACAGGUGUAACUAAAAAGAAGGAAGGUGAACAGGGCUGAGUUUGCUGAUGCCGUGUGGAUAGCUGUUAGCCGACUUGUACACAAGGAGCUUCGCACACGUUAAAACAUUGGAACGUUGUUAUGAUAUCAAAUCGUUAAAUCAGUCUACGAUACAAGAGACCAUGAUGUUAUUGGAUAAUACCGACUAGUCCCCAAAACUUUUUGUGACAUAUUUGCUGACGAGUUUGUUUUUUGGACGCAGUGAAUUUUCAGUCUCAGGGACGUCGUUUGUCUGGCAUAUUCAGCGGGACUACAGUGUCUUUUUUUCACAACCGACCAGUCACAGGAAAAUACGCUGAGGGAACGCCGGUGAAGGAUGACCACAUUUACACAGUUCGCUAGCUACCCGUACCCCCCGGGCGGCGCCUCGCUGCCAGCUACACAGAUAAGCUCUGGGUCCCCAUCCUCCAGCAGGUCGUGUUGUGAAAACGGUAGACCCAUCCUGACGGAUCCACAUACCGGUCAGACAAUUUGCUCCUGUCAGUACGGAUCGGGCUUGAUCCCCUACCCACGGGUCCCCGGCCUACCCGAUGGAGUGUACAGCCCAACGGCUUUUUCCCAGGGCUACCUACAGCUGGGGGCCGACGCCUCGGCAUUCUAUUCUCCUUUGGCCAACACUCCUUACGAUGUGAAGGAAAAUGCUGAAAACUGGAGAAGUCUACAGCAGUCAGCGGCUGCCGGAGCGUGUUUUCCUUACGAAGCCUCCAUGGCCAUGUACCCCUACGGCCCGGGGUAUGGUGGUUUAGAUUUAAACGGCGCACGAAGAAAGAAUGCCACUAGGGAAACGACAAACACUUUAAAGGCGUGGUUAUACGAACACCGAAAAAAUCCUUACCCGACGAAAGGAGAGAAGAUAAUGCUAGCAAUUAUCACAAAAAUGACUCUAACGCAGGUGUCCACGUGGUUUGCCAACGCCAGAAGGCGCCUGAAGAAAGAGAACAAGAUGACGUGGUCGCCUCGAAACCGUGCGGAGGACGGCACUGACGACAUGGACGACGAUUUGGACGACGACAAGGACAUGAAGAGCGAUCACGAAGAUGAUUUGGACGAUGACUUUAAAACCGAAGAUCUCGCGUGUGUGCGGGCACCAUCCUCCCCGGGUGUUUUAAAUGUCGGACUUGAAAACUGUUCACGAGAUUCGGACUCGAACCAAGGCCAAGAUCUCUCAAUGCAGAAAGACAGGGAAGUCAGUGAGAAAGACGGUGUGAGUCGACUGUGUGACAACGUUUCUGACUCAGACUCAGAUGUAGACGUUUCCGAUCUGGACCGGAAAACAUCGGGCCCAGGGUCCCCUAGACCCCACGCUCUUUCCUCCUCACCCCCGUCCGCCACAGUCACAACAGACAAGAUUCCCAGUACAGACACAGAGUGUCCUAACAGCUCAGACAAAACGUCAAAAGAGGACAGUACAGCAACAACGUCAUCAUCAUCAACAACAACGGCUGCAUCAGGGACGCCGCGACCUAAAAUAUGGUCGGUGUCAGAAUUCUUAAAUAACAAAAGUUCCGAUAAAGACAGUUCUGUGGGUACUUCUCAGACCAGACCGUUAAACUUACAGACAUUCCCCAGAGAGGGUUCCGGGGCUGCCCGUGUGGCGCACCCUGCCGGAUUUUCCUACAUGCCCCCCACUAGUCAUUCCUGGAUUGCUGGGCGUUACCCGGGUGGCAAUUUCUCACUUCCGGUCAGUCACGCCACUUUGUCCUACCCUUAUACACUCUCCUCAAAACCAGUGUUCGCCGGACACGGGAUCGUUCCCAGGUCGGAGCCCCUCCCGGCUCACAGCAUCAAACCUACCGUGCUCAGACCUCAACAAGCAAUAUUCUCGCCGGCGCGAGAUUUGGACUCGCUAAGAGCCCGUGUGUUUGAGAAGAGAGAUGGGGCCACGGUUGUCAUAUGACGAUUGCGCAUGUGAUGAAUCUGAAUGCGAGAAAGAAUGCAACGGAUAUACAGAAACAUAGAUUUCUGAUUAUGCUUGUCAUCUGUCAACGGAUCUGAAUGGAAAGCGACGAAAAAGCUGAUCUCAGAUCACGUAUAUUUAUAAAGACAAAAAUGUAUUGUUCAUUCUGAAGGCAGAUAAAUAUUCAUGGCGAUGACGAAAGACGCUCAGUGAGUGAUUGGUUUAGUCGCUUGUCUUCACAGAGAACAUUCGCCAAUCAGAACAAAUGACGUACACUGUCCUCAUCUUUAAUAUUUUUGUUUACAGAAAUCCUUUAAUAUAGUGAUUUACAGAACGUGUCUCCAGCUAUGAAUCUGAAUCUGAAGCAGUUUUUUUUUGUGUUUGUGUAUUAUUUUAUUUCUCAUGUAAUUGACAACGGUUUAUUGACCAAUCAUAUUUGCCACGCAGCAAGUGCUCGUGUCACCUGGGUUACCUCAAGCGUCACGUGGCCAGAUGGAGGACAUUGUCUGUAUUUAAUUGGUCAUUUUGAUCACUUGACUUGUAUUGCUGACCUCAUUAAGUGCUGAAGUAAAAAGUCUUUAUUGU